AUGGACAACGCGCGUAUAUCGUAUCGCGUCUUGAUUUCCACCUUGCUGCUCUCGGUCGCCUGGGAUGGCAUCUCAACCUACCACAAUAUCCACAACUCACCACCGAGUCCGACGAUCGUGCGCGCAAGCGAGUGGGAUCUCUGUGGCCAAUUGGAGAUAUGGGCUCUAGGGUGGCGUAUGCUUCUCCAUGCGAGCGCAGCGUUGCUCGUGAGGGCUAUUGUGCUCGAGGAUCACCUACCACUAUGGACGUUACGUCGCAUCGUGCUCAUACCAGUUGGAUGGUUCAGCUAUGGUAGCGUCCUUGUAUGGCAGGAGGGAUCGCGAUGCCAAGCAUGCGCGCCGAAAACAUGGGGCCGAGCCAUGGGAAACUACGUGGUCGUUAGCGCCGGCCUCCUCCUGUAUACUGUCAUCGUCUGCGCAUUGUAUAUGGCCCGUUGUUUCCAGCGAAGCGAGACGUCGACGAGGAGUACAGACCGCAAAGCCGGCACGGCGAUCACCACGAUCGCCGAAAAGUCCGCAAAUACGGCCGAAGGCUUCGAAGAUACACAUUUGCAUGUCAGAACGGGGCAUGAACGCGAGGUAUUUGAUGAAGACAUAGCGUAG